CAUGCACAGAGAAUGUCGAGGCCAUAUUAGUCUAUCCGCGGAGUCUGCAGCAGCCGACUUGUAAUACAUAGGCCUAUAAAUAUAUGUAUAAUUUUUCGGAUUUUUUUCCACGAGGUUUUUGGAGAUGUUGCGUCUGAUAACAAUUAACCUACGUGUUUGAGUGUGUUGCGUUGUCCAAGAUUUACACUGAUAUCACGUUUCGUUCAGCUUUACACUAUACAUUACAUUAUAGUGGACCGAUAAGGAAUUAGGGAAAUGGCCUGAACCCAUAGCUCGGGACCAGAAUUAUUACUGGACGACGAAUUACAAGGACUACGGAUGGACAUUAAAGCCGGGAUACGAUAGGAAUCUUUUCUUUCGUCAGGCAGCCGCACAACCGCUUCAGUUCCCUACACUUCUCUGCGCAAGAAAAACAAAUUCCGGAGCACCGACGAAUAUCAGUCAUUUCUGUCCGUGUAUUUAGGGUAGACUGCAUCCUACUUCCCCGAUGAUGGUCUUGCUAUUGGUACCGCGAGGUGAUGUAAGCUGAACAAGUCGAUGCGUGUGCACGCCAAGGAGCUGUCCGAGCUGUUUGUGGUGCUGAUGCGGCUUUGAGGAAUGCGAGUAUGGCUGCCGGAAAGUUACUACUCUACGCCGGUCUUUCUCUUUCCCUGUGUGCGCUUGGUAUGUUGGCUGUGGCUAUCUGCUCUGACCACUGGUACGAAACGGAUGCCCGAAGGUACCGGGAACGGUGCCGAAGUUUCUCUAGUCGCCGGAAAGACCCGGGCUUUAUUUACAUUCCCAACAACAGCCUCCCGCUGCGCGCUAGCCGCUCGCGUCUGGACCGCUGGGAAGAAAAGCUCCUCCUGGCCCGAAAUCGACGGCAGCUGUUCGCCAUGAGCGCCGCGGACGAGUGCAGCAGGCAGUAUAAUUCCACUAACAUGGGUCUGUGGAGCAAAUGUCACCGUCUUGGAUUCGACCAAGAUAUCGAGGACCGCAUUCGGAAAGGUGCUAUUGCAAGAUGCUCCUAUAUCAAAUACCACUAUUCCUCAGCCACAGUUCCUAAGAAUCUGUCCUAUAACAUUACCAAGACCAUCCGGCAAGAUGAGUGGCACUCCUUGCACCUGCGCAGGAUGACAGCAGGCUUCAUGGGCAUGGCUGUGGCCAUCAUCCUCUUCGGCUGGAUCGUGGGCAUGCUUGGCUGCUGCUGGGACCGUGGCCUCAUGCAGUACGUGGCAGGCCUCCUCUUUCUCAUGGGUGGUACAUUCUGUAUCAUCUCGCUGUGUACCUGCGUAGCAGGAAUCAAUUUUGAGCUGUCCCGCUACCCGCGCUACCUGUAUGGUCUCCCGGAUGACAUCAGCCAUGGUUACGGCUGGUCCAUGUUUUGUGCCUGGGGCGGACUGGGCCUAUCGCUAAUCGCUGGCUUCUUCUGCACAUUAGCGCCUUCCAUCCAACCAAUCCCUCGCUCCACCUGCCCCAAGUCUCGGCAAGAAAACGGCACGGUAUGUUAGAUGGAAGCCUCCCAGACAGGUCUCCCACAAAGCCUCUGUGGUGAGCGAGGAACAUAUAUAUAAGACAUCUGAUUAUCAAAACUAUACGUCCAUUUAGAGUCAUUUCUAAUCACACCAACAAGGCCACAGAUGCCAUUUUUGUGUGACUUUGCAAAUGAGUGUCUUGAUUGUUCAAUGAAAAAUAAAAUGAAAAUUAAACGUAAAAACGUACUACUGUAAGCCAAUAUGUUCGUGAACUUCGCCGUUACUGAGAAGCCGAAGUGGGGACAGAAAAACUUUCCUUUCAUGAUUAUAAUCCUUGGCCACUAGAACUUGGGAAGACAGAUGGCGACAGAGACUUGUCCAUCAGUACAAAGUCCAGCAGCAUAGGAUUUGAAAGGUGUGCACCAGAAGUUUCCUAGAUGGUUUUUGUUGUCGAUGUAAUUGGUGCUCGGGACUGAAAAAUGAGCACCAAGAAGGGGCGUGGAAUGGGAACAGUGCCAAUGUGUAAAGUCAGCAGGUCAUGAUGGUUGACUGUGGAGAAGAGCGGAAACGCUUCGGAAACAAGUACUGAAUUCUGUGAUAACUGAUUCUAUUACGCAUGAAGUGACAAAAGCAACCAUGGACACUGGAGAUACCACAUGAACUUCAGGGUGCAGCUACCGGUACAGUAAAAGUUGACGUUUCUGACAGAAUAUUUUGAGGAAUGGGAUCCAUCUGCUGGUGCCAGUAUCUCUCAACUGCUGUACACUAUAAAACUGUAAAAAAAAAAAAAAAAAUCCAGAAAAAAAAAAAAAAAAAAAUACAAUGAGGACAUAUUUUGGAUCAUUUACUUUUCCAUGCGAGAGUUUCAUUCAUCCAUCCUGAAAUGGGAUCAAACAUUUUUAACAUGGUGGUUUUUCCAUGUGGUUUUGUUUUCUAAUACUGAAAAGCAUCAUGAAUGAAUGUGUGCAUGUCUGUCCUCUCAUCGAUAAAUGUUUGUGUGGCAGGGUGGAUGUUCAUGAUCUAUACAUAAAAAAAAAAAAGGAAAAAACAAUUCUGUCAUAAAAAAUAUACUUUAUACUCAAAACCUGCCUUGGGAGAACAGUAGGGAGGUUCUUUGAUGAAUAGAAAGCUACUAAAAAUGAAAGAUGCCAUAUCCUGUUUAGGAGAACUAAGCAGAGAAUCUCUGGAAGUCACCCCUCUAGGCAGCACUGGCAGAAAUGGAAAGAAGACUCAGCAUCGCACCGUCGCUGCCUUGAGCUUGUCUGUGAGGUGGCACUUAUUCCAUUUGAUAGGAACACAUGCUGACUCUCAUUUGAGAGUGCCUGCAAAAGCAGCACUCAUUUGAUGUUGGCUUCCUCUGCAGUUAUUGUGACGGCCCAUACCGAAGGGGCUCUCUGAAAGGACACGGUAUUUUUGUGCUUGACGAUUACAUGAGAUAGCAGUGAUCAAGAAAUUGCAGAAAGUGUGCAAAAAAAAAGCCUCGAAAUGGAGGAUAAGAGCUCCCAUUAAAUAAAGCACAAGCUUAGUGCAAUCAGCUAAACCCAUAACACUGUUGGGCUCCUCUGAUCCCACAUCAAGGUGCAAAGCUUACAAUGAUAUAAAAGCAUUAUUCCUACCCUGAUCACAGCAUUCAUUUUACAAUCAGAUGCUUCUCAUUAAUGUUCAGGAUUCUUGAACACUCUUUUUUUUGGGGGGGGGGGGGGACGGACAUUUCUACCCUUGACAAAGAAUACAUAGCAAUUGGGCUGGGGUAGCUCUCUUCCACAGGUACUUCCCUCCACUACCAUGUGCUACUUCUUGGCUAAUUAACACUCCCUUCAGGUGGCUCAGUGGGUGUGUCAGAGCACUGUAGAAUGUUCAGGGCAGGACUGCUGCCUGACCAAAAUAGAGAAAUACUGCUCCAGCCUAAUCAUAGUCUGAGCUGCUAUUGUAAUUGGGUCACUAUAUGCAUCUAUAAAAUGUACAUGCCCAUCGCUGCCAAAAUUACACAUUUGCACAGCUGAAAUGAACACUCCUCUCUCUACAAGCCAUCAGGACAGCAGGAUUGCUUUACGAAAGUGUCUCCCUCAAUCUCUGGGUAGGGUAGUUUUCUUUGGGGUGGACUCUACAAGUGCUGGCGUUCAUCCAUUUGCACUCUGUAGUUGCAGUUUUUUGGGGGUUUUUUUUGUUUGUUUUUUUUUUUUUUUUUUUGGAAAAGCUGUUCCUUGGAAUGCUAGCUAAUAAUGCAAUUGGCCAUGAAAUUACAUUAGCUCAACUGGCUACACUUCAACAGCCCCUCCCCCACCGAACAUUUAUCAGAAAAGGCAUUACUGAAAAUCUGCUGUAUCUGACAGAAAAUUCUACAACCAGUCCCACAUGGACAACACUGUCUCUGACUAGUGUAUUUUCCCAACAGGAAGCAUCAGGGUCAUGAGCACUGUAAAUAAAGAAACCGUCUGCUCACAGAGGCUCCCUGAAUUAAGCCCAUCUGGCUUUAUAUAAGAGAGUGUUCCUUGACACACUUAAGAUGGAAAAUAUUUUAGUCUGCAAGGAUUACAUAACCAUGCAUAAAUGUAAACGGGGUCAGCAGCUGCCUGCAUACAACAUUUGCCUCCGUUCCUUGCAGCUAUAUAGUAGCUCAGAAGCUGCAGGCCAAAACCGUGUCUGCCUAUUCAUAGUAUUGCAGAGGGGUGGACUUUGACUUCAUUAAGUCAACAUACUUUAUUCAUUUGCUCUUCUCCUCACUUUCAUUCACUUACUUUGCAAAAAAGGUCUGUAUGGGAACAGAUUGAACUGAUGUACUUGGGUCAGGCAUUUGCUUUCAUUGCUAAAGCACAUUUCUGCUGUUUUAAGAUGGUUAACAUCUAUUGCUGGCAGAUUAGCUGAGCAGCACAUUACACUGCAUUCCAAGAGCUUAACACAAAAUCAGGGUGAGGUCAUUUUUGGUAACCUUUUAUGCAUUGGGUCAGGAACCCAAGGCCAAGAAUGCUCAGUAAGACACUAUUUCAAGUACUGUAUAUCUAAUACUACAAAAUAAAAAGUGACAAGUUCUAGAAUAUGAACGCUGUAUUAUUGGCAUUAGAAAUAAAUAGCGGUUCUCAUCUAUAAAAGAUUGGCAAAAGAAACUGUCAUGUCAUACCAUCACCACAUGAGAUCUAUGUGUUUACAUGAAAACAGCCAAACAUUAGUAUUGUAUAAUUUUUGUUUAAUGGAAAUUUGGGGAUAAGUGUUUGAAUGAGUGGGAAUAUUCUUUUCAAAUAUGAUGUAAAAUAGCAGAAUCACAGAACCUGCAACUCUCAUUUUUAUGGGACAGUUAAAAAUCUAAAGAUUUAUCAAAUCUUUUUCAUCAGUAAUGUGUCUGUUGCGUAAAUAUAAAAAUGUACAAAAGUUUUAAAAAAUCCUGGAAAUGUUAAAACUGUGGAAUGUAAAACCAUAAAAUAAAAUCUCAUUGAUGUGUUUAUUUGUAUGCCAUGUUAAAUCAUCUUACACCCUGCAGAAAACAAAUGCACACAUAAAACUGAUAAUUCCCAUUUGUUGUGGAGAAAGAUCCAAAUGUGCUUAUUAAUUUACCAUUAAAUCAAAGUUAAUUGAUUUUGGGGAUCCCCCCCCCCCCACAUUCUGUGAAAAAGCGCCAUAAACGGACACCAUACGGUAAAGGGCAGACAGAUGAACCUGAAUUCUGCAUAUGACCUUAACUGGAAAACAGACUGUGUGGCUCUGAAUGCUCUGCAAAAGUGUAGAGGCACUAAGAGGCCCAUUUAAAGAGAUGAAAAGCUCAUGUUUAAGCGUUAAUGAAUUCUUCAUGAAAGUAUUAAAAUGGGUACGUGCUUAUGAAUACCUGCUGCUAAUUAGAAAGGGCCAGCUCUUGAAGUGUGCUCUAGAAGGCCAAGAAGUUGCAGGCUUCUCCUGACUCAUAGAUCCCAUCCCACAUUUGAUUACCUAUUUAUUGCACUCUGAAAGAUUACUUUGGCUCUAAAAUGUCAUUAAGGUAAUUCUUCUCAUGGUCCAAAAGUGGAAAAAUUAUUAUUAUAAUACUAAUAGUAUAUUUAAUCCUAAUACUAGGUUUGGACUAUGCAAACCCUGAUGUAGUUCAAACUUAAAACUAGUGUGUGGUAACUUUAUAAAGAGCAUUUAGGUCACUGGUGUCUUAUGUGUUUCACCACCUAAUGGGCCAAACAACUAGUUUAAAAAGUUUCUUGCAAUGACAAAACAUGAUCUCCCUACCAGCUCUGACAUUAAAGUCUGUACAACAUUCCUCAAAUCAAAGUUUCAUCAUAUGAAAAAAAGAACAAGUCAAAAAUCUUUACAGCAAGCUCAAAGUCUGUGUUUAACCUCUGGGUUGUCACCAACUAGAAGCCGAGAAAAAUACUUAUUAUAAGCAUGAUUUCAAAAAUACAUAUGUGCUUGUUAGGCAUAGUACUCUCGUACAGUACUCCAGUAAUUUCUGGAGUAUGAGAGAAGCGGCUAAGACUCGUGCCAAGGGUUGAGUGCUGGGAGAAGCUCAUCACAAGGUUCUAAUGCAUGUGCUGGGCUCUGCUGCUUCCUCACUCAGAUACAGCUAAUUGCCCAGACUGAAAGCAUUUGAAGCCCUGUUCGGAGGUUGGUAGGGACGCCCACUAGAGCAAAUGGCAUUUAAAAACAAAAACAAAAAAAAAAACAACAACAAAAAAAACCCCCACCCAUGUCAGUUAUAGGCUCCAAAAAGCCUGAGAGCGCAAGGUUUCAAAAGGAUGAAUGCAGGCACAUGAAAACCUAAUGCUGAUACAAACGAGAACAUGUGCACAUGUUUGCUUAAGAGCGUGAACAUGUGAUAAACCUCUCAACUGCACGAUGACGGAUGGUCAUCCUCUCUGUCCAUCAUGCACUGAUGAAUUAAUGGGGCUCAAUAUAUGCAAAGCACUGUUAGCCUAGAAAGGUUUUGGCAGACAUUCAAUGCUAAAUGUGUUGUUUCGUAAAUGUCCAGUGAGAAGUGUGCUAUGCAGAGAUUAAAAGAUGGGAAAAUGCUCAACAUCUUCAUAAUUCCUCUUUUAUUUAAGAUUGUUUUCUUCCAGACCUGCAGAGAGGUACAAUGCCUUUAACUCAUUUUUUUUUUUAAACGUCCUUAUUGUUUAGCAUCAAAUAAAACCCGAAGUUAAACUGUAAUGUUUUUUCCUUGGAAUUUCAGUUCAAUCAUUUCUCUUGAAUACUGUUGAAUACUGAACAGUUGGCAAGACCCUACACAGCUGAUACAGGAUUAAGACCAUUAAAAGAGGAAGAUAAUUUGCAGUGGGAGGAGAGAGUUGGUUGUUACAUGGCCCUUGGCAAGACCCUGCUUUCAAAGAAUGAUUGAUGCCUACCAGUACUGCUAUCCCAGCUUCCACCAUCAGUGUGGCCAGCUCAUCACUUUGCUCAGGUAUUCAAGAGUGGGAGGAACAAAAGUAAGAUGAUCAUUCUCCAGUACUUUUCAGACAGUGUUAACUCACCUUUAAAACAGACAUUUUUUAAUGAAUAAAGGAACAGUCAGUCAUUUUCUCUUGCACUAC